GAGCAAUUUAUAUACAUACACGAAAAACAAAACACACACACAUUCACACACGCUCUCGAUUAGCAUAUACGAUGAUAAGUCCCAGAUUUGCGCCAGGCGUUACGAGGUCUGCUCUAUGCCAAUAACAACAACAACAACAACAGCAUAAAAAUUCAACAGCAGCCGAAGCAGAAAAAGAAGAAGCAGCAGCUCAGUAUAUUCCUCUGUGUGUGAGUGUGUGUGUGGGUGAGUGUGGGAGAAGGAGAAGAAGGUGGAGCAACGAUAAACGGUAACUGGCGGCGAAAGUCCAAUUUCACCGUUUCCAUGUGGAGGAACUGCUGAGGGGGUGGUGACCAUAAAAAAAUGCACGUUAAACACACACAGCGACGUGUCAGCGGUCCUGGAGCAUUUGGAACAUUUACCAACGACCAACGCGCUAGCCGAGACAACUUGUACCCCGACGAUCAGCAGCAACAUCAGCAGCAGCAGCAGCAGCAACAUCAGCAGCAGCAGCAACAUCAACAACGACACUCGCAUUCGCAACAACAUUUGGGGCGACAGUCUCUGAUCAGCCUCAGCUACGCACAGGCGGGAACUCCGCACUCCGCCUCAGCUGGCUCGGCUGGGCCAAUUCCCAUACACUCGCACUCCUCCUCAGUGCGCAAUAGUCCCAGUCCCAGUCCAGCGGCUGAUCAGCAUAGUUGCAGCAGCGGCAGUGGUCGACGAACGGAUCGCGAACGUGAUCGUGACAGAGAUCGCGACAGAGAUCGGGAACGGGAACGGGAACGAGAGCGAGAUCACGAGGCUGAGGCGUACGGCGACGGUGACAGCGUCUCGCUGCUGAGGGGCGAUGAGCCAAGGGGACAGCGGCAACGCAGCAGCAGUCGUUUAUCGAGCGGCAUCUCAAAGCAGAACUCCUGUGACAGUCGCAGUGGGUUGCGGUUACUCGAUAGCCAUAGUCCAGUCAGUUGUGGGGCGCAGAGUGUGAGCAGCACUGGAGGACACUCCGCACUCUACGAUGCCUGUCACGAGUAUACGCGCAGCUUGAGUGCAGCACCAGGUGCAUCCGAGGAUCCGGCGACGACGAUCGGUUCAGCAUCCGCUGCAGCAGCUGGCGGUCUACUUAAAAGCCAUUACAGUGAACAACAGCUAUCGGAGCCGCAUUUUACCAAUCUCAACCUCAAUCUGAACAGCGACUACGACACGGGCAGUGAUAAGCAACAGUUGGUGAAUCAAACGUACAUCUUCAAGUGCAUUGCCAACAGUCCGUCGUUUCUGCGCACCAACAAGAUCAAGGAGCAGUCCAAGAAGCUGCGCAACUUGUCGCUGAAAACGCGCACGGCCAAGAAGAAGGGCCAAAUCAUUUCCAAGUCGAACGCUGUGUCGGACAAUUCGCUGCAUCCAGGUGACAAGUAUCUGAACUUGUACCUCGUGGAAAAGAAGCAUUCGUUGCAGCCACAACAAGUUGUAUCCACGUCCAACCCAGUGACGGCAUCUGUUUCAGCACCCGGCUGCUCAUCCUCAACCUCAUCUUCGGCACGUCAACAGCAGCUGCCGGCUUUAUCGGCAGUUGCCGCCCGACAGCAGCAGUUGCUGCUCAACGGAUCGCUGAAGAGCACGAAGACGAAGACAUUUCCGGCGUAUCGGGCGUCGGUGCGCAGUGAGAGUGACGACAAGGAGUAUCGGGGGGGCAGCAACACCAUACCGACAACGGGCAAAAGUCCGCCGGUGCCGCACUCGCUGGCGGCCAAGAUCAGCGGCAAGAACUGCAACAAUUUGCUGCACAACGCCGGCAACAAGCUAAGCGUGAGCAGCAAUUCGUGCCACAAGCUACAUGCCCACAGUCACGGACAAGGACACGCCGCCUACACACAACAUCUGGCAUCAUCGCCCAAGAGCUCCGUCUCCAGCAACGGCCAUCUGAACAAAUAUUGCCUCACGGAUCUCACACGCCGCAAGGCCGAGUUCAAUCGCCAGCUAAGUGCGCCCACGGAUUACACCCAUCACUCGUCCAGCAACGGAUCACAGCAGGGCUCCGAGGCGGCCAAUGAGGCUGUGGGAGAGUCAACGAUCACAGUAGCCAGUGCUGGUGUCCUGGGACACGGUCAAGGACACGGACACGGACACGCACACGCACACGUUCACGGAUUCGGCGGUGCUGGCCAAGCAUCGACAGCGCCCCCAACACUUAAAUCGUUGCAACUUCAUAACUUUGGUGUACAUCAUCCGCCAGCAAGGCCAACGUCCACAUCGUGCACCAACAGCUUCAACCGACGUCACAUACGCAGGCACAAGAGCAAGCUCGGCGAGCGUUUGCUGAACGGCGAUAGCGAGGAAUCAGUACGCUGUUCAUAUUGCUCCGUAUUGAAUGUGAAUGAGAACGACUUGCGGAUUUCAUUUGAAAACACCUGCACCGACUCGCUGGUCACCGCUUUUGAUGAUGAGGCACUGCUAAUAUGCGACCAAGGAACCGAAAUGGUACACUUUGAUGAUGUGUCGUUGUACGGCACUCCGAAAGAGGAGCCAAUGCCCAACAUACCGAUAAUCUCGGAAAAAGUCUCGGCGAAUUUCCUAAAAAGUCAAUUGCAAUCAUGGUUCCAGCCGACAGACAAUCGUCUGGCCAUGAAAUUAUUUGGCAGCCGCAAGGCUUUGGUCAAAGAGCGCAUACGUCAGAAAACUUCCGGACAUUGGGUCAUACACCCGUGCAGUUCAUUCAGGUUUUACUGGGACCUUUGCAUGCUUUUAUUAUUAGUAGCAAAUCUUAUUAUCCUGCCAGUCGCAAUAUCAUUCUUCAACGAUGAUCUGAGCACACGAUGGAUUGCCUUCAACUGCCUAAGUGAUACUAUUUUUUUAAUAGAUAUUGUAGUCAAUUUUAGAACAGGAAUUAUGCAACAAGACAACGCUGAACAAGUAAUAUUGGAUCCAAAGCUUAUAGCUAAACACUAUUUAAGAACCUGGUUUUUUCUCGAUUUGAUUUCGUCGAUACCAUUAGAUUAUAUAUUUUUAAUUUUCAAUCAAAUUAUGAAAUUGCAGGAUUUUUCUGAUUCUUUUCAAAUCUUGCAUGCUGGACGCGCUUUGCGCAUCCUUCGUCUAGCUAAAUUACUUUCCUUAGUUCGACUGCUGCGUCUGUCCCGCCUUGUGCGCUACGUAUCGCAAUGGGAGGAGGUCUAUAUUCUGCAGAAUCUACAGAAAAAAAGUGCUGAUCGCAGAGGGAGAUUGCAUAAAAAAGACAAAGAUGGCUUGACAAAAAGCAACCUAAUUCUCAAGUUCCUCAAUAUGGCCUCGGUGUUCAUGAGGAUCUUCAAUUUGAUUUGCAUGAUGCUCUUGAUCGGACACUGGAGCGGUUGUCUGCAGUUCUUAGUGCCAAUGUUACAGGGUUUUCCAUCAAAUUCCUGGGUAUCCAUCAACGAAUUACAGGAAUCAUAUUGGCUGGAACAGUAUUCAUGGGCAUUGUUUAAAGCCAUGUCGCAUAUGCUGUGCAUAGGUUAUGGCAGAUUUCCACCACAGUCACUGACGGACAUGUGGCUGACGAUGCUAUCGAUGAUAUCGGGCGCCACAUGUUAUGCAUUGUUCCUUGGUCAUGCGACCAAUCUAAUACAGAGCUUGGACUCCAGCAGGCGGCAAUAUCGCGAGAAGGUCAAACAGGUGGAGGAGUAUAUGGCCUAUCGCAAAUUGCCGCGUGAUAUGCGGCAACGCAUUACGGAAUAUUUCGAACAUCGGUACCAGGGUAAAUUCUUCGAUGAAGAGUUGAUACUUGGCGAGUUGAGCGAGAAAUUGCGCGAGGAUGUCAUCAACUACAAUUGCAGGUCCCUCGUGGCGUCAGUGCCUUUUUUUGCUAAUGCCGAUUCGAAUUUUGUUUCUGACGUAGUUACCAAACUGAAAUACGAAGUUUUCCAACCAGGUGAUAUUAUCAUAAAGGAGGGCACGAUCGGUACAAAGAUGUACUUCAUACAGGAGGGCGUUGUGGACAUUGUCAUGGCCAACGGCGAGGUUGCCACCUCAUUAUCGGAUGGAUCUUACUUCGGUGAGAUCUGUUUGCUGACCAAUGCGCGUCGUGUGGCCAGCGUGCGAUCUGAAACCUAUUGCAAUCUAUUCUCGUUGAGCGUGGAUCAUUUCAAUUGCGUUCUCGACCAGUAUCCGUUGAUGCGUAAAACAAUGGAAACUGUGGCUGCAGAACGUCUUAAUAAGAUCGGCAAAAAUCCAAAUAUAAUGCAACAAAAGGAUGAACAAUUAAGCAAUCCAGAAUCAAAUACAAUUACGGCAGUGGUCAAUGCAUUGGCCGCCGAGGCCGACGACUGCAAAGAUGAUGACAUGGAUCUCAAAGAGAAUUUACUGCAUGGGUCAGAGUCGAGCAUUACUGAGCCGGUGCAAACGAUUCGCGAGGGUCUCCCGAGGCCCAGAAGCGGAGAGUUUCGCGCUUUAUUCGAGGGCAACACUCCAUGACACUGAGGCAUCAUCAACACUCCUCUCGGCAUCAUGCAUCGAGCAACCAUCUGAGUAGCGGUUUAUAACCCAAUAAAAAAACAAAAACAGAAUAAUAACAAGCAACAAAAGCAAAUACAACAAAUAGUAAUACACACUCAUACAUUACAAAAGCAACGCAGACACAGUUACACACACACACACUCACACACACACUUGCGUAUAUAAUAAUUAGUUAAAAAAUAGAAAAUGAAGAAUACCUUUAAAGAAAAAAAAAACCUACACUAAAAUGAUGAAUCAAUUUACGGUAGUCUACAUACAAGUAUAUAUGCAAUUGCGAUUUAGUAGAAAAUGACAACAAACAAAAGCAAAAACGAAAAAAUGAGAUAGAAAACGUAUUACACAACAAUGUCCUCAAUAAUUAUUCAUAAUUUCAGCUCCGCUAACUGUGAUGAACUUUAAUAUAAGAAUCGAAAAAAAAAAAAUUAAAAAACCGAAAAAAAAGAUGAGUACAUAAAUAACUUAUACGAUAAAAUUCAGCAGUCAGUUAAAGCAGUCACACAGAUAUCACACAGCCAUAGGGAAACCACACACACUGACAGACUUACACUCACAGACAAACACACACGCACACACACAUACAUGCAUACAUAUAUAAGUAGUAAAUCUACAUGUAAGUUUUAUGCCCACGAUAUUGUAACGAUAACGAAGUGAAUAGACUUUUGAAUUGCUACCUAGGUGUUAGUCCUAUGGACCUACUACUACUAACAGUACCGCAUACCUACACACACACACUCAGACAAGUGAAAACUAAAACACAUACACACAGACACCUGUAGUUAAACAUUUAAAAACGUGCAUAAACUUAUGAUAUAAUAAAAAGUGUUACGUUAUGCAUUCCAAAAACCAAAAAAAAAGGAAAACUUAAUGCGCGUAGCUUUUAUGUACUCGUGUGCAACCAAGAAUUAUGUAUUAUUGCGAUUAUAUAGCAUAUUUAAAUACGCAUUGCAAAGAUGAAAUCAACACUCAGCAAUAUGACAACAACAAGAUGAACAACCACAAUAUUAUUAAACAAAAAAUGAAGAUAAAAACAAAACAAAAAUGAAGUAAAUUUAACGAAAUGCAUUAGUAGUUGAACUAUUAGUUUUUCACUCACUUACACACAUAUACACACAUCCAAACACAACGUAGUAGAACAGCCUCAAAAAA